UCUUGACAUAGAGUAGGCAGUUAGUAUUCUUUCGUCGUAAACGAGUUUAUUUACUUUGACGUUUGUUUACAAACAUAAAACUUAACAAAAAAAUUAUACUUAUUUGUACAAUAGAUAUUUAUCAAAUUAUUUGUAGGUUAGUAAUUUUAUAUUGUAAAAAUAUUGUACACCGAGAGGUUAGGUUCAUUCAGAAAUGACAACUAUGGAAGUUCAAAGCUCUAAUGCUCGAAGAAAAAUUCUAAAUCAUGCAGUAGGAAGUAUUUUAGCAGAAGCUGGAUUUGAUAAUUGUGAAAAACAAGUCUUAGAAACUCUGACUGAAAUGCUACAGUGCUUUAUUGUAGAAGUUGGAGAAUCUUCAAAAAAUUAUUGUGAACUUGCUAGUCGUACUGAACCUUUAAUAGCUGAUGUUAUCGUGGCACUUAUAAAUAUGGGUUUUAGACUCGAUGGUUUAGAAAACUACGGUCGGAGGCCUAACAAAACUGUGCUACCUUCAUUACAACAACAAAUACAAUCAAAACAAUUAAGUAUUUUACAGGCUGGUGUGAAACAAUCGCAUCCUUCACAUAUACCAGCCUAUCUUCCACCGUUUCCUGAUCCUCAUGCUUAUAUUAGAACACCAACUCAUAAGCAACCUGUUACCGAAUAUGAAGCUAUAAGAGAAAAAGCAGCCGUUCAAAAACGAGAUAUCGAACGUGCAUUAACAAGAUUUAUUGCUAAAACUGGAGAAACUCACAGUCUGUUUAUUUCUGAUGAUUUAUUUUCAUUUCCAUUAAUUGCCUGUAAGCCACAGUUUCCAUCUUAUUUAAUGGCCCUGUUACCUCAAGAUCAAAUUUUUGAACCUGAACCAGAAUACAACUUCGAACCAAGUCCAGGCAAAAAAAGGAAAGACCAAAAAAUCAAAGAAGAAAUAAAAGAUGAAAAUGGAAAUUCUAAUAAACCAGCAGAAAUAUCUGAAAUGAAUGAAGAAGUUUCAACACAACAAGAUGUAAUAGAUAAUCCAUAUUUGAGGCCAGGAAAAAUACCAAAGAAUACUAAAACAUUGGGAUUUGGAGCACCAGCUUCUUGAUGAAACUCAAAUAUUCCCAUAGGUAAAAAAUGAUGAAUUAAAUAAAUCAUCGACUGUAUAUAUUUUUAUUAAUGUAUUUUUAAUAAUAAAAAAUAAUUGUUUACUAUAUAAAA